AUUCAUAGAUUGGCGAAGGUGGGUGCUAGCUGGUUCAACUUUUGCGGGAUUUCACAAGCUGGUUGCCGCUGCUUGCUGGUGCUUGUUGCCGCUUCCGAUUGGUACUGUUUGGAAGAAAGUACAUUUUUUGAAGCAAAAAUGACUUCUACUAACGUUAACAUUGGAUUGAGGGAUGAGAGCAAGAAUUCUAGCAGCGUCUCACACCUGGCAAAUGCCCGCAAGAUAAGAGGUGGUAAUCCUAACCCAGCUAAAAUUUCUGAGCACGUGAAGAGCCUGAAGCAAAAUAGAUAUCAUUUUCUCAUUACUGAUAAUCAAUAUUUCUUUUCUAGGGUCCUGAAGCCACCUGGUGGUGGCACUAGCGACAUCUUUGGUGCCCCAGAUCCUGUACAGAAUUCUCCUCGACGUGUGCGCAACAAUAUGCAGUCAUCUGUGUUUGGUCCACCACCUACCAAUGGUGAGAUCACGCCUCGUAGCAAGAUGGGUUGCGAUUCCUACAACCGUCUCUUUGGUCCUGCUGAUUCUCGGCCUCAGAGUGCUACAAAAAAUCGGCUGAAAAGUAGCAUAAUUCUUAGCAAUGAUGCUGCUUCAUCACCUCCUAAGGACAACAAUUCAAAUUCACCCAUAAAGGAGAUAUCAGCUGUAGAUGGAGUCUCAACCAAAGCGAGCAUGCCUCGCCGCAAUCCAGUGACCGGCGAUGGUAUGUACUUCAAGGAAAUCAGGAGAAGUGCCAGGAGAAGAGAUGGAAACCCAGUGACUGGUGAAGGGUACACCAAUGGAGAGAAACAGCCUGCUGCAAAUAAUGCUCCUCCGGCAGCUGCUGCUGCCCCUACAACUAAUGGAACAUCUCACUCUGCUCCCCCUCAGCGCAACCGUGUGCCUCCAGGUGGUUACUCCUCUGGCUUACCCAUUCCCAUUUCAUUAAUGAACGUCUACUUCCUUAUUAAGCCUUAUCUAAUUGAGAACAUUCUUCUGGCAAAAUUAGAAAGUAAAAAUAAAAAUAACAGAAAUAAGAAUUAUUUGGUGAAAAUAGUAUACCAAGGAAAGCAGCAGAGUGUGUUCUAUUAA